UUGGAAGGAAGCCGCCCAUUUCCUCCCCAAACCGGUAGUGGUAUUGCAGCGGCAACAACGCGUUUAUUUGCCACCGCAACAAUAACAGGACGACGAGUGGAAAACGUCGAGCGGCUACAGAAGAACUCAAAUCAACUACAUUUGAAUCCAGAAGCACGACGAGUCCAACAACAUGCUGUCGGACGCAGACUACCCCGGGAACGGCUCCGGUGCCCGGCGAGCCAAGAGGAGGAGCUCCGGGGAGUCUGCGGGCGACGGCCAGGCCCUGCGGUCGUCCGGGAGGCAGACCAACGUCCGGGUGAAGCGGGCCAACAACCCUCCACCUGGGCAGAGCAAAAGGAAAGCGACGGACACGGAAGAGGAAGACGACCAGUCGGAGAAGAAGUACAGGAAAUGCGAGAAGGCGGGCUGCUCGGCCACGUAUCCCGUAUGUUUUGCGAGCGCUUCUGAACGAUGUGCUAAAAAUGGAUACACGUCUCGCUGGUACCAUCUUUCGUGCGGCGAGCACUUUUGCAACGAGUGCUUCGAUCACUACUACCGAAGUCACAAAGACGGCUACGAGACGUUUGCGGCGUGGAAAAAAGCGUGGACGAGUAACGGCAAAACCGAGCCCAGUCUCAAAGCCUUCAUGGCAGACCAGCAGCUUCCCUACUGGGUGCAGUGCAACAAAGCCGACUGCAGGAAGUGGCGCCAGCUGACCAAGGAGAUCCAGCUGACGCCUUCGCUGGCGGCCACGUACCGCUGUGGGAUGAAGCUCAACAACGUCAAGAGCGAAGGGCCGGACCAGUGCUCCCAGCCAGAAGACCUGAGGGUGGCGGAGGUGACGGACAGCUGGUGGCACUCGAUGCUCAUCUUGCCGCCGUUGUUCAAAGACAGCCCGGCCACGCCCUUCCUGGUCGCCUACUAUCCCGACUGCGUGGGCAUGAGUCCUUCCGGCUCCCCCGGCGGCGCGGCGCUGAGCGAGCUGAGGGCCGACCACUGCAGAGCCGUCCGGCCCCGAAGUACGUGCGGGUCGACCUCGUCCUCGUCCUCGUCCUCGUCCUCGUCCUCGUCGUGGUCGUCAUUCACCUUUCCGCUCUGCCCAGUCGCAGGCCUGUGUCCGUACUUCCAGCCCUUCUACCAGCCCAACGAGUGCGGCAAGGCUCUGUGCGUCAGGCCCGACAUGAUGGAGCUGGACGAGCUUUACGAAUUCCCCGAAUUUUCCCGCGAUCCCACCAUGUACUUGGCACUGCGCAACCUCAUCCUGGCCUCAUGGCACACAAACUGCAAGGAGGUGCUGACAGUGGAGAAGUGCGUGAUGCAGGUGGUGGUGCGCGGGCUGGUGAGGGUGCGCUGCGUGCAGGAGAUGGAGCGCGUGCUCCACUUCAUGACCAGGAAGGGCCUCAUCAACACGGGCGUGCUGGCGGUCCAGCGGGCGCUGCUGCCCGAGAGGCAUCGCGCGAAGAACGUCAUCGUGAUCGGCGCGGGGGCCUCGGGGCUCGCCGCUGCACGCCAGCUGCACAACUUUGGCACUCAGGUGCUGGUGUUGGAGGCCCGCGAGAGAAUCGGCGGUCGCGUGUGGGACGACACGGCGCUGGGCGUCGCGGUGGGCCGGGGAGCUCAGAUCGUCAACGGCUGCGUCAACAACCCGGUCGCCCUCAUGUGCGAGCAGAUGGGCGUCCGCAUGCACAAACUGGGGGAGCGCUGCGACCUGUUUCAGGAGGGCGGGCGGGCCACCGACCCCGCCAUCGACAAGCGCAUGGACUUCCACUUCAACGCCAUUCUGGACGUGGUGUCGGAGUGGCGGAAGGACAAGUCGCAGAGCCAGGACACGCCGCUCGGAGAAAAAGUGCAGGAGCUUAAAAAGAACUUUCUUCAGGAGUCCGGAAUCCAGUUCAGCGAGCUGGAGGAAAAAGUGCUUCAGUUUCACCUCAGCAACCUGGAGUACGCCUGCGGCAGCUCUCUGAACCAGGUUUCUGCGAGGUCUUGGGACCACAACGAAUUCUUUGCGCAGUUCUCAGGAGACCACACGUUGCUCACCAAGGGCUACGCCACGCUGCUCCACAAACUAGCCGAGGGCCUCGACAUCCGCAAAAAGUGCCCGGUGAAGUCCGUUGACUACUCAGGUGAUGUUGUCCGAGUUACUUGCUCGAAUGGCUCGCAGUGGACAGCAAAGAAGGUUCUGGUCACGGUGCCGCUGACCUUGCUGCAGAAGAACUUCAUCCAGUUUGUACCGCCGCUUCCGGACAGGAAAAUGAAAGCCGUCCACAGUUUGGGAGCAGGCAUCAUAGAGAAGAUCGCACUGAAGUUCCCGUACAGAUUCUGGGACCACAAGAUCCAGGGGGCCGACUACUUCGGUCACAUCCCGCCGACUCCCGACAAGCGAGGCAUGUUCACCGUCUUCUACGACAUGGACCCGCAGGGGAAGCAGGCCGUGCUCAUGUCCGUCAUCGCCGGGGACGCCGUCGCCGCCGUGCGGGACAUGCAGGACAAGGAUGUAGCGGCCGAGUGCGUGAAGGUGCUGCGGGAACUCUUCAAGGAGCAGGAAGUUCCGGAGCCUCUGCAUUUCUUGGUCACACACUGGAGCAAAGACGCCUGGUCGCAGAUGUCCUACAGCUUCGUGAAGAUGGGCGGCAGCGGCGAGGCGUACGACAUCAUCGCCGAGGACCUUCAGGGAAAAUUGUUCUUCGCCGGCGAGGCCACCAACCGACACUUCCCUCAAACCGUGACCGGGGCCUACCUGAGCGGGGUCCGAGAAGCCAGCAAGAUGGCCGCUCUCUGAGAUUCCGACCGGCCCGGACGCGCGGGUUGAAACGCCACCUCACUGUGUCACGCACAGACAAACACAAACGGCAACGUCGACCACCAAGGGCUUCAAAGAAACUUUGACACUCAAUCCCAACGCGCCGUAAAUAAAGCGUGGACCCGCUGCCUGGCUCGGCCCGAACCUUCUGAGAAUCCAACGCUCACCGUUAAGCAGCAAGGCUCACCAGAGUGGUUAUUUCGAGGUUUUUGUUUAGUUUCCACCCAAUGUUUAAUACGGCCGGUGUUGUCAUUGUGUGUGUGUGUGUGUGUGUGUAAAAGGUUACAUGUAUAGAAGGCAGAGUAUGUCUGUUGUCAAACGUUUUGUUGAUUUGGGAUGCCUGUUUGAGCCAACGCAGGAGUAAGUAAUACGAGUUGUUUGGAAAUAACAAACUGCUCACACACGCAAAAGGAAUAUUGCGCUUCGGCCUGAAAUUUGAGUAGUCAUGGAACAGACUCUUUACUUUCUCAGGGAUGACAUCAGGACAGGCAGUAAUUCAUGUUUAAAAACAAAAAAAAGAAAUCAAUGUUAUCCAGCUUGCGUUCGUCCCUGAGUGAGGAAUUUAAAGUUGGUCAACUGCACAACAAUAUCGUCACUGUCCCUGACGUUAGUCCAGUUUCCUCGUUUUCUUUCCCCAUUGGCGACAUUUCUAGACAAAUCUCUUUGUCACACAUUUUGGCGCUUAGUAUUUAUCUGCUUUACUGUCUGUGAAAUAAAUCGUGCUGCAAAA